AUGGACUACCAUAAAACACUUGCGGCCGCCGGAGGGAAGGAAAUGCUUAAAGAGGCACUGAUAGAUGCCAUCUUGCAGGCAAUUCCAGCUCUAGGUGAUCGGAAGCGCAUUGAGGUCCCUACCAUUUAUGAAGGAAGCAUCAAUGCUGCGAUUCGGAUUCACCCUCCAACAGACGGGUCAUCUUAUACAGACGGGUCUGACAAUCUAAGGCAGCUUACAGCAGCUGAGGUUCUCCUGGCUCUUCAGGAACAACUUGCAGAGCCACUCUCGUCUCUGAGGACUGGCCCAUUUGGGGAGUAUGCCUCCUACACUACGAUUGGUCUAGAAGGCGACAGUCGGCUGUUAUUGCUCCGCGUCGACAUUUUGAGCCCAAUCGUGAAUCUUUCACGCACUCAGCCCGAACACAGAAUUCCGGUGCCGGCCCCACAAGCGGCGUUAUCCAGCACCAACCGCAAAAUGAUUGGCUUGAGAACCGCUAGCCUUGCGAUUCAGCACUUUCAGCUGGUUCAGUCCAGUCUCUUGUCGCUCGAUGCACUGUGA